AUGGGUUUCACUGACUUCGUUUCUGAGGCUGGCCUCACCCUUGCCAACAACUACUUGGCUACCCGGAGCUACGUCGUUGGCGACGCUCCUUCUCAGGCCGAUGUUGUGACCUUCAAGGCCUUCUCUGGCGCUCCUGACGCCGAGAAGUACCCUCACGUCGCUCGCUGGUACAAGCACAUUGCCUCGUACGAGUCUGAGUUCUCCAGCCUGCCCGGUGAUGCCUCGCAGGCCUACACCACCUAUGGCCCCGAGUCCACUGAGCUUCCCACCAACCCCAAGGACAAGCCCGCCGCUGAGGAUGAUGACGACAUGGACCUCUUCGGCAGUGACGAGGAUGAGGAGGAGGACCCCGAGGUUGUCGCCCAGCGUGAGGCUCGUCUCGCUGAGUACAGAAAGAAGAAGGAGGGCAAGGUCAAGCCUGCCGCCAAGUCUAUUGUCACCAUGGAGGUCAAGCCUUGGGAUGAUGAGACUGACCUUGAGGCCCUUCUCGCCAACGUCCUUGCCAUUGAGAAGGAAGGUCUCGUCUGGGGUGCCUACAAGUGGGUCCCCGUUGGCUUCGGUAUCAAGAAGCUCCAGAUCAACCUUGUCGUUGAGGACGAGAAGGUCUCUCUGGAUGAGCUCCAAGGCCAGAUCGAGGAGGAUGAGGACCACGUCCAGUCCACCGAUAUCGUAAGUCCACCUGAGACGCCGUGUGCUCAUGUACCGUUGUGCUAA